UCUCGUAAAUGAUUGCUCAUCUAAACCUUGAGAGCAAGAUCUAGAACUUCUUCUUAUCACAGUGGCAUUUCAGCGUCUUUCUUCUUUGAGUCGUGGUUUUCAUAAAAUGGCCUCAAAACCAAGAAUAAAUGUAGAUGUGGUCAGCGAUGUUAUCUGACCCUGGUGUUGGGUUGGGAAGAGGAAAAUGGAACUCGCCAUGGACUCCUUGAAAGACAAGUUUGAUUUCCAUGUGCGAUGGGAGCCAUUCUUCCUCAAACCCAACACUCCACCAGAGGGAAUUCCCAAACCAGCAGCCUACACUGACCCAAAUAACCCAAGAGUUGCCUCUCUGAUCCAAAGUGGAGCUGAGAUUGGAUUACAGUUUACCCAUAAAUGCCCUGUAUUUCCAAACACACUGAAGGCACAUGCAUUGAUGGAAUAUUCAAAAGAAAUUGAUAAUGGUCAGAAACAAAAUGACGUGGCGGAAAAACUAUUCAAGAAAUAUUUCACGGACGGAGAGAAACUAUCUGACGAGACUUUACUUGAAGUAGUACAAGAUGCUGGUUUAAGUAAAGAUGGAUUUUUAAGUUAUGUCACUAAUCCUGAUAAUCUGGAGAAAGUAGUCAGCAAGGCCGCCAGUUGGUCAUCCAAAGGAAUAUCAGGUGUGCCAACGUUUUACAUGAACGGUCAUAAGAUGUUUUCAGGGGCCCAAGAUCCUCACACUUUCAGCAGAAUGUUUGAAAUCGCAGCAACAAAAUUCCCUCUUCAGUCUGAGAGCAAAAAUUAAAGGACAAAGGCACUGAAAUCAAGAACAUUCGAUAUAAAUAACACAGUGAUUGCUUAUAUAUAUCUAUGUUUUAAUUUGAUAAAGACAAUAUGAAUGUAUACAUGAUAUAAAGAAUCAUGACAACUCUAUCAUAAACAGAUCGAAAAAGGAAUUUCAAAAAUUUCUGUCUAUCAACAAACACGUACACUGAAACAAAACUUCAGAACUGGAUAAAAAAUUAUUCAAAAUACUUUGUUAAAACAUAUUUAUUACGUAACUCAGGAAUGUUGAUGAACAGUCAAAUGUUUGUUGUGUACUUGUGAAUAAAUGAAGCUUUUUAUGGAAAAAAGUCUCCCAUAAAAAUUGGAUACAAAUUUUGUCACAGACAACAAAUAUUUGACUAUUCUGUUCGUUAUUGAUUAUUUUUACUUGCCAGUUGCCUGAUUUGUUGAAUAACCUUGGAUGUUUUGAGAUAGUUAUUGCUGAUAUGAUAUUUCUGGUUUUUCCUAUUCUUUUUGUUAAUUGUUUAAUCGAACAUUUUUAAGCCAAAAGGUUACCUUUGUAAACAGACUAAUAAUUGCUCGUAUUAUUCCUAACCAUAUUAAUAGCAACAUUUAUUUUGGUUUUUAUUAAAAUACUAUAAUACAGUAUGAUGUAUCUGUAUACAUAAAAAUGAAAAGUAUUUAUUUUAUUCGUAUGUAUAUCAAUGUCAUAUCAUUCAACUUAAUAUGAAUAAAUAUGCCAUACACGGUGAUACACCUACAUGUACGUGUAUAAUUAUAUUAUUAGUCUCUGUAAAGUGACAUAUUUAUGUUUGAAUCAUGCACAUGUAAUAUAGAGUUUGGCACUAGUAA